AUGGCCGACGAUCAGGAACUCGUUACCAAGCCCUUCAAGUUCGUCACUGGCACCGAUGCCCGCUUCCCGAACAUGAACCAGACCAAGCACUGCUGGCAGAACUACGUCGACUACCACAAGUGCAUCAACGCCAAGGGCGAGGACUUCGCCCCCUGCCGCCAGUUCUGGCUCGGCUACCGCUCCCUCUGCCCCUCCGGCUGGUACCAGCGCUGGGAUGAGCAGCGCGAGGCCGGCAACUUCCCCGUCAACCUGAACGCAUAA